CCAGAAAUGAUAUUGGCCUCAUAAAUGUGUGCAUUGUUAUUGUUCUAUCCAUGAAAGAACUACCUAUUCUUGCAUCGAAGGGAAAUCCCUUGUCACGUUGAGGACAACUUUGCCACAUCUCUACGGCUUAGAAAAUUGUAAGCUAACAUAUUAUAAGCGUCAAUACAUCCCUCGAGUUGAACGGUCCUGCCAUGUUGAAGGUUAUGAAAAAGCACAUGCCAUUGCGCACACGGAUCUCUCGACCAUGUCCACUGGCGCCCUCGCAGAGAUCGCCAACAAAUGACGAUAGAUCCAACACGACGAACGAAGAAUGUACGCAUACGACCUCCGUGUAUCCCAAGCUCCAUGCGAAUGCUACCAAGACUGUGUAUGUCCCGCAUAGGCCCAUGCAUCCGUGCUUGAACGCUUCCGAAUGGGAAUCGCAGACUGCGCCGCACCUCUGGCUGCCAGAGAUACGGGAGACUGACUUUCCAUACUAUCCCACCGACUCAUUAUUGCCCAGGAACAGUAUGAUCGAUAGUUUGGAUGCGUGUGGAUUGAAGAGGACGGUGAGCGAGAAGCGUUCAGGCGAUCGCGACUCCGAGGUAAGCGGGGUAUGGGGAGCGGAGAGGUCCCGGAGACCACGCCGGUGGAAAUUCGAAUUCACUAGCCUAUUCCAUAGAUUUGUAUGUGCAAAGUCGAGGAAUUGUAGAUUCUCGAGGAGAUUCUCGUAGGGCGGGAGUGAGGAGAUCGCAAGCCGUUCAUUGGCGUAUCAGAUCGAGCACGAUAGUGUAAUCUAGACUAUGAAGAGGGUCUAGUCGCUGAAGCGUAGGUGAGCAUCAUG